AUGGGUCACGAAGAUGCUGUCUACCUCGCCAAGCUCGCUGAGCAGGCUGAGCGUUAUGAAGAGAUGGUUGAGAACAUGAAGGUCGUCGCCUCGGCCGAUGUUGAGCUCACCGUUGAGGAGCGCAAUCUCCUGUCUGUCGCCUACAAGAACGUCAUCGGUGCCCGCCGUGCUUCCUGGAGAAUCGUCACCUCGAUCGAGCAGAAGGAGGAGUCCAAGGGCAACGAGUCUCAGGUUACUCUGAUCAAGGAUUACCGUCAAAAGAUCGAGGCCGAGCUUGCCAAGAUCUGUGAUGACAUCCUCGAGGUUCUGGACGAGCACCUUAUCAAGUCUGCCCAGAGCGGCGAGUCUAAGGUCUUCUACCACAAGAUGAAGGGCGACUACCACCGUUACCUGGCUGAGUUCGCCAUUGGCGACCGCCGCAAGGGUGCUGCCGAUGCUUCCCUGGAGGCUUACAAGGCCGCCACCGAGAUCGCUCAGACCGACCUUGCCCCUACCCACCCCAUCCGCCUCGGCCUUGCCCUGAACUUCUCGGUCUUCUACUACGAAAUCCUGAACUCUCCCGACCAGGCCUGCCACCUGGCCAAGCUGGCCUUCGAUGAUGCUAUUGCCGAGCUCGACACCCUGAGCGAGGAGAGCUACAAGGACUCCACUCUUAUUAUGCAGCUUCUCCGUGACAACCUGACCCUCUGGACCUCCUCUGAGGCCGAGGCUGGUGAGGCUCCUGCCGAGAAGAAGGAGGAGGCCCCCGCCGCCGAGGGUGAGAAGCCCGCUGAGUAA